AUGACGGCCGGGCUGUUCUUUUUGUACCUCUACUAUGUAGAAGUAGAGCAUCACCAAAUACCUGUACACUCCCAUGAUGACCCUUUCUCAAGCCAGUCAUCAUCUGGCAACUUGUCUGGCGGUACAAUAGCAGCAAUUGCUAUUGGCACCGUUCUCGCUGUUGGCGUGGUCUUUUUGCCGCUCUUCUGCCCGCAAUUCUUGUUUGCUCGGUUGAUGAAAAGCCGUUCCCGGAAUCGCCGUUUACACAGUGAAGAGGUUCCUCUCGAAGACCUACCUCCUCAGCGUCCAGGCCGGGCGAGCGGUAAUGAUAGAAGCAGCAGCGGAGCAGAUGAUGCAAGGAGCAGAGGACGGCGCCCGGACAUUGUAAAGGGCGAAAGCACUCAACCUCACGGUAACCAUAUCAUAAUCAGCAGGCCCUCAGGAUCUUCUGUCAUCAUCAACAAUAACAUCUAUAUUGACUCGCAUCAUUACAUGCAACCACUCCCUGGUCUAGAUUCUCAACGACAUUCAGAUCCCGUACCACCAGUAAUAGGAGUAGCUCGAAGCUCACAGCGGUCUUCUGAAUGCCGUGACCCUCAGUUCGAUCCUCCACCGAACGGCGGUAUGCCACCACAGAAUAGAAGACGCGGUGAACCCCCUGCGCCGCCUCUCAGGGCACCUACACCCGAGCUACCUGGGGGUUUCAGCUUCUGGAAUGUGGGGAACUGGGACCGCGGCGUUGCGUCAGGACAGUUACCGCGUUCUCCUGUUCGAGCGAUGACAGACUCGCCAAUAGAAAGCAGGGAACAACUUCCAGUUCGACGGCGUGAAGGUUCCUGGGCGCGAGAAAGAGCAUUCGAUAUUCCAGGAGCUUUCCCGGAAGAUGAAGACGCUGGGGAGAAAUUUCGACUGGUCACGGCCCCAGCGCGAGUGCACGCGCCCGGUGCACCCACCCAUGGGGACGAUGGAUUUUAG